AUGGAAUCGCUACCAGACGAUGUAAUAGAGCACAUACGAGAGAGACUUGAUGUGAAAGCCCUAAACAAGUUCAAGUCUGUGUCCAAGCAAUGGAAACAUACUAUCGAAUCCCCUUCUUUCCAAAAGAGACAGUUGUUGCGUCGUAAGCAAUCAGGAGAUCCACACGUCCUUUUGGUGUCCACACAUGACGUGUUUCUCCAUACAGACGUUGAACCUCUGAGAACGUUGGUGGUAGGGUCAUCAGCUUCCGUCAAGAUCCCUAAUCCUUGGAAGAAGAACAAGAAGUUUUACGAGGUUUGCAAGAAUAGUUGUGACGGUCUAAUAUGCCUCUACAAUCGCUAUGAUCCGAGUAUCGUGUUCAAUCCAACCACUCGUUGGCAUCGAACUUUCCCUUUGUGCAACUAUCAACUAGAAGCUCUCGAGAGGAUGAGCGAAUUCCCACCGCUUUCUCCUGGAUUCGGUAAAGACAAGAUCAAUGGCACGUACAAGACAGUUUGGUUAUACAAUAUUCGCGAUAACCUAAUCAUGCAUACCACACGUAAAACUAUUUGUGAGGUUUUUGAUUUUACCACAAACGCUUGGAGGGGCGUUGCCCGGUCUUCCCGUGAACAGAUUCGUUACACGCAAGCUCCUGUGUAUGUAGAUGGGUCACUUCACUGGUUCACUAGAAGUGAAUACAAGGUUUUGUCUUUGGAUCUUCACACCUUGACUUUCAAAGUCAUGUCUAACACUCCUUUUCUUCACGGCUCGCAUUCGGACUCGAGCGAGGUUACCAUGUUCAGUCUGGAUGGUCGUUUGUGCGUGUCCGAGCAAGUUUUGGCCGAGCAAGUUAUAUGGUCGUUCGAUUCAGAAUCCGAGACAUGGAUGAGAAGAUAUUCGAUAGGUCUACGUAGUCUCGUCUUGGGGAGGGAGAUUCACACUCACACCACUAGCGGUUUUGGGGAAGAAGAAGUUGUUGUUUUAUGA